AUGCGCUUAGGGCCAUCUCGUCUAUACUCUCAGACCCCGCCGUUCUACCCUCCCCCCAUUCUCCCCCCUUCCCCCCCAUUCUCCCCCCUUCCCCCCCAUUCUACCCUCCCCCCAUUCUCCUCCCCCCCAUUCUACCCUCCGGAUAUUCUUCCCCCAUACCCCCCAUCAGGAGACAGCAGCAUGUGUGGCGGUGCUGGCGGCGCUGAGGGGAUUCCCUUCGUCGCUG